AUGGGUAUAAAGCAGUUGUCGAAGCUGUUGAAGGAGAACUGUAUGAAAGGGAUCCGGGAGAGGCCGUUGUCGUACUACUCGUCCAAGAGUGUAGCGGUGGAUGCGUCGAUGUCGCUGUAUCAGUUCCUGAUAGCUGUUCGUUCUGAGGGAGCAAUGCUGGGGGUUGGUGAAGCAGCGACUUCACACUUGGUUGGAAUUUUUUAUAGAACGAUCAAGAUGGUGGAGCUUGGGAUUCUUCCUGUGUAUGUGUUUGAUGGAGCGCCACCUGAACUCAAGAUGAAGGAGUUGGAGAAGAGGAGUGAGCGAAGGCUUGCAGCAGAUAAAGAUUACAAGGAGGCCGAAGAAGCAGGUGAUAAGGAAAAGAUGGACAUGCAUUCGAAACGUAAGGCAAAGGUAAGUUCGGUGCAUGUUGAUGAAUGUAAGAAGCUGUUGAAGCUGAUGAGAAUACCCUUUGAAGAUGCACCUAGUGAAGCAGAAGCACAUUGUGCAUUUCUAUGUAAGAAGGGAGCUGUGUAUGGGGUUGCUACGGAAGAUAUGGAUGCAUUAACAUUUGGUACUCCAGUGCUUUUGAGGAAUUUUUUUGGAUCUAAUGCAAAGAAACAUCUGGUUACUGAAUACAACCUUGAGCUGCUAAUGAAGGAGCUGUCACUUGAGAAGAGCGAGUUUAUAGACCUAUGCAUAUUGCUGGGAUGUGAUUAUUGUGAAGGGAUAAAGGGAGUAGGCCCGAAGCGAGCGUUAGCGUUGAUAAGAGAGCAUAGAAACAUUGAGAAUAUAAUUGAGAAUGAGAGACUCGAUGUUUGCAAUGACUGGGGAUACAAAGAGGCAAGGAAGAUGUUUGAGGAUCUUGCAGAAGCUGGAGAUACAAGUAAGUAUAGUAUUGAUUGGGAUGCAAUAGACAGGGAAGGCAUAGUUGAGUUUCUUGUUAAUCAAAGAGGAUUUGAUUCAAUCCGAGUAAACCGAGCCGUUGAUAAAUUGCUCAAUUCUAAGGGAAAAGGAACACAAGGAAGAUUGGAUUUAUUUCUUAGAGGGAGUAAAUGA